GCCAUUCAUUAAUUCACUUCAUCUUCAUUCCCCCCUCUCAGUUACGGAUUAACGUCUUAUCGCAGCCCUAUUAAAAAUAAUCGUCAUUCAUUUUUGCCUUGGGGUGAAUUUUAGCAUUCGAACCGUUUAUUAAUCAACAAAGACUAAGUUAAGCUACACGCAGGAUCGACAAGUGUCAUAUUUUGGAAAGUGCAAACGCAAACUAAAAGUCAGAAAAAAUGGAUGCGAUCAAAAAGAAAAUUGCGGCGCUGAAGCUGGAGAUGGAAGUCGCUAUGGAGAAGGUCGAGGCAAACGAGAACAAGGCAAAGCAAGAAAAUCUACGUGCUGAAACCACCAACGAUGAGGUCAGAGAUUUAGGAAAACGUCUGGCUCAGUUGGAGCGUGAUUAUACCGUCAGUAAAGCUAAUCUCGAACAAUCAACUAAAGCUCUCGAGCAAUGCGAAAAGUCGUUUUCAAAGGCGGAGCAAGAUCUCUCCGGACUGACAAGAAGGGUUCAGACGAUCGAACAGGACCUUCAUAAAAAAGAGGAGACCCGUUUAACAGCUCAAACGAAAUUGACACGCGCAACGGAACUCGCUGACGAUGCCAAACGAAUGUGCAAAGUAUUGGAAGAUAGGAGUAGGCUGGAUGAAGAACGCAUGGAAAAACUGACAUCCGAAUUGAAGGACGCGCGGCUAUUAGCUGAGGACGCGGACCAAAAGUCAGACGAGAUUUCAAAGAAGUUACAGUUCGUUGAGGAAGAAUUAGAAGCAGCUGAGGAGAGAGUGAAAACUAGCGAAGCGAAAAUCGUGGAACGAGAGGAUGAGUUAUUCAUUGUACAAAACAUAGUAAAAUCUCUCGAAGUUUCCGAGGAAAAGGCUAAUCAAAGAGUGGAAGAUUUCAAGCUGCAGCUCAAGUCGCUCAAAGCGAAGCUAAAGGGUGCGGAUAAACGAGCUCUCACUGCGGAACGAACAGUUAAACAGUUGUUAAAGGACGUUGAUAUGAAAGAAGACGAACUGAGAGGAGAGAAGGAAAAGUACAAGGCUAUUUGCGACGACCUGGAUUUGACCUUCUCCGAAAUGACAGGAUAUUAAUUAAUUGAAUUAUUAUUAUCUCUAUUUUCAAAUCUCAUGCACAUCCUAUGUUCUUUGCCAGGCAACACAAUGCUUAUGUUCCCGCUUGAAAUUCGGAGCUAGUUUCAUUUAUUUAUUUAUUUUUUAAUGCAUCGCUCAACGCGAUUGAUCCGCUUUGACGUAAAAAUAUCUAAUCGAGGCUGAUGCUUUUUAAAAAUAACCAACAGCUACGCUCAUUCUAACAGUAGUUCAAAUCAUUCAUCAAGAAUGCAGCUACUAAAACUUUCUGUCUUGCAUUUGGCGCAAAGACUUUAAUGUCAACGGUAAUGUCAAAGGCUAUUUUUAUUAACAAAUGGACUUGUUAUGUAAUUUGAUUGUACUAUACAAUACCGAGAUGUCGAUACUUCAUGAAUUCAUUAAAUUUAUUUUUCAGGAAUACCAUCCCCCUGACUACGCAAACUAUUACUUCGAUAUACAUUUAAAUUAUUUUUGUUUAUAUGUUGUUAUCAAAGUAAUGAAUUGUAUUACUAAAAAUAUACACCUAUAGAUAUAAGUAUACAAAAAUGCGAAGAUAAAUAAAUAUAA